GCAACGUUGUGCAACCUGCCACGCGUAGGAAGAAUUAACAUUUGGUAGAAAUUGAGUGCACAGUAUAUAUAUUCCAGCUAGUAUACAGCUAUAUUAUCAUCGACUUAAUGAAUGUUCUACGAAGUUUAACGAUGCUCAUAUUCCUACUAAGCGUUUCGAUUUUUAUCGUCGUUUCGGGGAGACUCACUGGACGAGAAGAAAUAGUGUUUCCAUCUAUUGAAACACUCAGAUCCGGAGAGAAGAGAUUAAGUUUUCGAGCACUAAAUGAAGAUAUCGAACUGAAAUUAGAAUCGGCUGGUAACGUGUUUGGAGAAGGAUUUUUUGUUGAAUCAAUUCACGAUGGUAGAUCAGCUAUUCCUGAGCUAAAUCUUCACGAUAUAAAACAAAAUCUCUACAAAGAUAAGAGAGCUGGAGCAUCUCUCCAUAUUGAAGAGAAAGAACACACAUUGAUUAGAGGAAUCAUAAAUCACAAAUUGAGAAUCGAACCUCACGAAUCCGAAGCGAGAGUAAGAGGAGGAGUAAGAUCUCAUCGGAUAAUGGAAUACAUAGAAGAGGAUGGCUUUCACGAAAACGAUGCAGUCAAACCUGGUGCUAAUUUUCAUCCGAAUAUUAAUAAGUCUUCCGACGGUUUGAGAUCUGGAGAACCGAUAUAUGUGGAAAUUUGCAUUGUAACCGAUACUGCUUUUACUAAAUUAUUUCCUAACGAUUACGCUAUUAUAGUAUAUGUUGCUAUUUUAAUUAAUGGGGCACAAUGUCGUUAUGACAAUCUGAGGAAUAUUAGGGUGAUUUUGGUUUUCAGUGGAUUAAAAAUAGUCAGGUACGCAAGACACGAACCUUACAUCCAAAACAAUUUAGUCGAAGGUCAUCUUUUAAAAGGUUUUGAUGCAUUAAAUGAUUUCGGUAAAUACAUGGGAAGAGCCGGAUAUACUUGUGACGUAAUAAAGCUCCUUACAAAACUAGACUUGGUUGACGAAGUCGACGGAAAAUUAGCAAGUGGCCUUCUUGGUCUCGCGUAUAUAGGAACAGUCUGCGAUACAUCCUCUGAGCCUGAUUUUAGUUACAAAGUAGGAAUUAGCGAAGACGAUGCCCAUUGUUUCGUAGGUGUUCGUACGGUCGCUCACGAACUCGCUCACAAUCUUGGUUGUGGCCACGACGGUGAUUUGCCAGUUUCUUACAUCCAGGGACAUCCAGGAUCCGAAAAUUGUCCUUGGGACGACGGUUAUAUUAUGAGUUACGUGCAAGAGUUCCUUAAUCGUUAUUAUUUUUCUUCAUGCUGCGAGGACUGUAUUCGUUACUCAGCAAUGAUCUUUGAUUGUCUUAGAAACAAUAAUACCGGAUAUGAUUUAGGAGUUUCCAGUGAAAUGCCUGGAGUACAGUUGGAAAAUACACUCGGUUACUCCGUUUCGAAAUAUGAAAAUGAGAAAGUCGCUUAUUACGAUCAUCGCUGCAAGAAUUUAAGGCGUGGCUUCGUUUUACGUUCUUUCAAAUAUCCGGAUGGUACAUGUAGUUAUGCUUGCCGCACUGAAGUCGACGAAGAGAAUCAGUUCUAUUAUUGGACUGUGGAUUGCUUGGAUGGCGAUAUGUGCGAUACAGGAAAGAGAUGCUUCAAUGGAGAAUGCAUAUAGAAACUGAUACAGUAAUUAAUUAAAUGCAAAGCUAAAUUUGAUCUUAAUUCGAAUUAAUGUAUUUGAACGAUAAAACGAAUAAAUUUAUUUUGAAACAAUA